CUCGACCCCUUCGGGGGCCCAGGCGCGGCCCAAAUCUCCGCCAGCGCCGCCGCCAUCGCCUGCGCCACGUCCCUAGCCCUGCGAAGGACAGGCCUCGCGCCAGGACCCCCGUCGACUUCUGAGGUGCCAGGAUGGUGGGGGAGCUCCGCUACAGGGAAUUCAGAGUGCCCCUGGGCCCCGGCCUGCAUGCCUAUCCAGAUGAACUGAUCCGCCAGCGUGUGGGCCACGAUGGGCAUCCUGAGUACCAGAUCCGCUGGCUCAUCCUCAGGCGUGGGGAUGAUGGGGACGGAGGUGCUAGCCAAGUGGACUGCAAAGCUGAGCACAUCCUGCUGUGGAUGUCCAACGAUGAGAUCUAUGCCAAUUGCCACAAGAUGCUGGGCGAGGAUGGCCAGGUCAUCGCGCCCUCCCCGGAGACUGCAGGGGAGGCUGGGACCCUCGACAAAUCUGUGCUGGUAGAGAUGGAAACAGAUGUGAAGUCUCUGAUUCAGAGGGCCCUUCGGCAGCUGGAGGAGUGUGUGGGCAGCACCCCUCCUGCUCCCCUGCUUCACACUGUGCACGUGCUCAGCGCCUACGCCAGCAUCGAGCCCCUCACUGGGGUCUUCAAAGACCCAAGGGUCCUGGACUUGCUCAUGCACAUGUUGAGUAGUCCUGACUAUCAGAUCCGCUGGAGCGCGGGCCGGAUGAUACAAGCCCUGGCCUCCCAUGAUGCUGGUGAGGGGCAGUGUGGGGAGGAAGGGGGAGCAGAAGAAGGGCUGGGUCGGCUCGGGGCCUCACAGGACACUGUGGCAGGAGCCUCUGAUCUCAUCAGAACCCGGACCCAGAUUCUUCUGUCUCUGAGCCAGCAAGAGGCCAUUGAGAAACAACUGGAUUUUGACAGCCGCUGUGCUCUGCUGGCUCUGUUUGCACAGGCCACACUCGCUGAACACCCCAUGUCUUUCGAGGGCAUUCAGCUGCCACAGGUCCCUGGAAGGCUGCUCUUCUCCCUGGUAAAGCACUAUUUGUAUGUCACCUCCCUCCUGGAUCAGCUAAAUGACAGUGCUACGGAAGCCGGAGCCCAGAACAACGCUGCUCCUGAGGAGCUGAGUGGGGAGAGGGGUCGGCUGGAGCUGGAGUUCUGCAUGGCCAUGGGCACCCUGAUCUCAGAGCUGGUGCAGGCCAUGCGCUGGGACUGGGCUUCAAGCAAGGAGGGGCCCUCCACACGGUCCUCCUGUUCCAUCUUCCAGCCCCAGUCAGCAGAAGCAGGCCCAGGGCUCCCCGCUGCCCAUUCUCGGCCCUCCCUCAGGAGGUCAAGGCGCUUUCGCCCUCGCUCUGAGUUUGCAAGUGGCAAUACCUAUGCCUUGUAUGUGCGGGACACCCUGCAGCCAGGGAUGCGAGUGCGGAUGCUGGAUGAUUACGAAGAGAUCAGUGCCGGUGACGAGGGUGAGUUCCGGCAGAGCAAUAAUGGCGUGCCCCCUGUGCAGGUGUUGUGGGAGUCAACGGGCCGCACCUAUUGGGUGCACUGGCACAUGCUGGAGAUCCUGGGCUUUGAGGAAGACAUUGAGGACGUGGUCGAGGCUGAGGAGUACCGGGGGGCAGUGAUCAGUGGAGCGCUGGGUAUAGCCCUGCCCUCCUGGCGGUGGAAGCCCAUGGCAGAGCUCUACGCCGUGCCCUACGUGCUGCCUGAGGAUGAGGACGCUGAGGAGAGUGAACACCUGACCCAGGCCGAGUGGUGGGAGCUCCUCUUCUUCAUCAAGAAGCUGGAUGGACCUGACCAUCAGGAGGUCCUCCAGAUUCUCCAGGAAAACCUGGAUGGAGAGAUUCUGGAUGAUGAGAUCCUGGCUGAGCUGGCUGUGCCCAUGGAGUUGGCACAGGACCUGCUGCUGGCUCUGCCUCAGCGACUCGAUGACAGCGCUCUCAGGGACCUGCUCAACUGCCGUGUCUACAGGAAAUAUGGGCCCGAGGCCCUGGCAGGGCAGCUGGUCUACCCAUCCCUGCUAGAAGCCCAGAACCAACCUCAGGAAUCAGCAGAUGCAGCCAAAGUGAAAGCAAAAGACCCCUCAGCUCAGUGCCCCAGCACUCCCCUGCAGCAUCUGGUGGAGGGUUAUGGUCCAACUGGGAAGAUCUUCCAGGACCUGGAACGAGCCUUCAGCUCAGAGGGGGCCCAGGAGAGUGAGGUCAAGCCGAUCCUCCAACAGCUCCUGCGGCAGCCCCAGCCCUUCCUGGUGCUCAUGCAGAGCCUUGACACCCCAGCUGCCAACAGGGCCCUGCACCUGGCCGUUCUCAGAAUCCUGAAGCAGUUGGCGGAUAUCCCUGAGGCCCUGCUGCUCCCCUGGCAUGAGGCCAUGGAUGCCUGCAUGACCUGCCUGCGGUCCCCAGACACUGAUCGAGAGGUGCUCCAGGAACUGAUUUUCUUCCUGCACCGCUUGACCUCAGUGAGCAGGGACUACGCCGUGGUGCUGAAUCAGCUGGGAGCCCGAGAUGCCAUCUCCAAGGCCCUGGAAAAGCACCUGGGCAAGCUGGAGCUGGCUCAGGAGCUGCGGGACAUGGUGUUCAAGUGUGAGAAGCACGCCCACCUCUAUCGGAAGCUCACCACCAACAUCCUGGGAGGCUGCAUCCAGAUGGUGCUGGGCCAGAUCGAAGACCACAGACGAACCCACCGACCCAUCAACAUCCCCUUCUUUGACGUGUUCCUCAGGCACCUGUGCCAGGGCUCCAGUGUGGAAGUGAAGGAGGACAAGUGCUGGGAGAAGGUGGAGGUGUCCUCCAACCCCCACCGGGCCAGCAAGCUGACAGACCGCAACCCCAAAACCUACUGGGAGUCCAACGGCAGCGCCGGCUCCCACUACAUCACCUUGCACAUGCGCCAGGGCGUCCUCGUCAGGCAGCUGAAUCUGCUGGUGGCUGGCGAAGACUCAAGCUACAUGCCGGCCAGAGUGGUGGUGCUCGGCGGCGACAGCACCAGCUCCCUUAACACAGAACUCAACUCGGUCAACGUGAUGCCCUCCGCCAGCCGGGUGAUCCUUUUGGAGAAUCUGAACCGCUUCUGGCCCAUCAUACAGAUCCGCAUAAAGCGCUGCCAGCAGGGCGGCAUUGACACUCGCAUUCGGGGGUUGGAGAUCCUGGGCCCCAAGCCCACGUUCUGGCCAGUGUUCAGGGAACAACUGUGCCGUCACACACGUCUCUUCUACAUGGUUCGGGCGCAGGCCUGGAGCCAGGACAUAUCCGAGGACCGCAGGAGCCUCCUGCACCUGAGUUCUAGACUCAAUGGGGCUCUGCGGCAGGAGCAGAAUUUUGCUGAUCACUUCCUCCCCGACAAUGAAGCUGCCCAGGCACUGGGCAAGACCUGCUGGGAGGCCCUGGUCAGCCCCCUGGUGCAGAACAUCACUUCCCCCGAUGAGGACGGCAUCAGCCCCCUGGGCUGGCUGCUGGACCAGUACCUGGAGUGUCGGGAGGCUGCCCACAACCCCCAGAGCCGCGCAGCAGCUUUCUCCUCAAGAGUGCGCCGCCUCACCCACCUGCUGGUGCACGUGGAGCCCUGUGAGGCGCCCCCUCUGGUGGUGACCACUGCUCGCCCCAAGGGCAGAAAUAGAAGCCAUGACUGGAGCUCCCUGGCUACUCGGGGACUGCCCAGCAGCAUCAUGAGAAACCUGACCCGCUGCUGGCGGUCUGUGGUGGAGGAGCAGGUCAACCAUUUCCUGACCUCACACUGGCGGGAUGACGACUUUGUGCCACGCUACUGUGAACACUUCAGUCAUCUGCAUAAGUCAAGCUCUGAGCUGUUUGGCCCACGGGCAGCUUUCUUGCUGGCGCUGCAGAACGGCUGUGCUGGUGCCCUGCUGAAGCUCCCCUUCCUCAAAGCUGCCCAUGUGAGUGAGCAGUUUGCCCGGCACAUUGACCAGCGGAUCCAGGGCAGCCGGAUUGGUGGCGCCCGAGGAAUGGAGAUGCUGGCGCAGCUGCAGCGAUGCCUGGAAACUGUCCUCAUUUUCUCUGGCCUGGAGAUAGCCACCACCUUUGAGCAUUACUACCAACACUACAUGGCGGACCGUCUCCUGGGCGUGGGCACGAGCUGGCUGGAGGGGGCUGUGCUGGAGCAGAUCGGUCCCUGCUUCCCCAAUCGCCUCCCCCAGCAGAUGUUACGGAGCCUGAGCACCUCCGAGGAGCUGCAGCGCCAGUUCCACGUCUACCAGCUCCAGCGGCUCGAUCAGGAACUCCUGAAGCUGGAGGACUCGGAGAAGAAAAUUCAGGUGGGCCGUGAGGCCAGUGGCAAAGAGCACGAGAGGAGGACGGAGGAGGAAGCAAAGGAACCUGGGGCGGCGGUGGCAGACGUGGAGGAGGAGGAGAACGAGGACCUCUACUAUGAAGGCGCCAUGCCUGAAGUGUCUGUGCUGGUCUUGUCAUCACGCUGCUGGCCUGUUGCCACCAUCUGCCACACGCUGAACCCCAGAACUUGCCUGCCCACCUACCUGAGGGGAACUUUGAACCGAUACUCCAACUUCUACAACAAGAAUCAUAGCUACCCUGCCCUAGAGCGGGAGCCACAGAGACGACUGCAGUGGACGUGGCUAGGCCGGGCUGAAAUACAGUUUGGGGACCAGAUCCUACAUGUGUCCACCGUGCAGAUGUGGCUGCUGCUGUAUCUCAACGACUUGCAGGCGGUCUCUGUGGAGAGUCUGCUAGCACUCUCGGGGCUCUCUCCAGACAUGCUGAACCAGGCAAUUGGGCCUCUUACGGCUUCAAGAGGCCCCCUGGACCUUCACGAGCCAAAGGAUGUCCCAGGAGGGGUGCUCAAGGUUCGCGAUGGCAGCGAGGAGCCCAGGCCAAGGAGGGGCAAUGUGUGGCUCAUCCCACCUCAGACAUACCUGCAAGCUGAGGAUGAGGAGGGGCGGAACCUGGAGAAGAGACGGAACCUGCUAGACUGCCUCGUGGUCCGGAUCCUCAAGGCCCAUGGGGAUGAGGGGCUGCAUAUUGACCAGCUAGUCUGCCUGGUGCUGGAGGCUUGGCAGAAGGGCCCAUGUCCUCCCAGGGGUUUGGUCAGCAGCCUUGGGAGGGGGUCUGCCUGCAGCAGUACUGAUGUCCUUUCCUGCAUCCUACACCUGCUGGGCAGGGGCACGGUGAGACGCCACGAUGAUCGGCCCCAGACGCUGUCCUAUGCAGUCCCCGUGACCGUGAUGGAGCCUCACACUGAGUCUCUGAACCCAGGCUCCUCGGGCCCCAACCCUCCACUCACUUUCCACACCCUCCAGAUUCGUUCUCGGGGUGUGCCCUAUGCCUCCUGCACCGGCACCCAGAGCUUCUCUACCUUCCGGUAGCCCUGGAGAUGGGGUCAGAGCUAGGAAGGGCUGGAGCUUUCUACAGAAAUAAAAUGCAGGAGUUUGACUACAUGGAUUGUGUGCAUUUGGUGGCUUCUAGGGAUUUGAUAGGGAGGGUGCUUUCCUGACUGAAAGGGGAGAAGAGCCCUCUGGGUUGGUUGUCGCAGACCAUGCCAGGAUCAUUGUGUUAGGAAAAGGGUGGCAGACUGGAGAGAGAGUGAGGCGUGCCUUAACAUUCCCCUCUCGCCAGGGGGAGUAAAUGAACAUGAACGAAUUCUCAGCCCCUGCUCGGUGGGUGGGCAUAGGCUCAGGUGCUUCUGCCUGGCAGGCCAGAGACCCAGCCCACCUCGCCAUGCACCAGAUGACAUGUCCCUCAGACAUUGUCAAGUGGGACUCCCUUACCCUCAUUUGUGGAAUUGGAGGAGAAUCCCUGUGGUGCUCUGAGGGACAUUUGACCCGGUGAAGGUGUUGCCAGCGAGGGCCUCUCUUGGCCACCACACGCACCAGUGGGUUCAGUGCUGGAGAAGGUGGGUAGGGUGACGGUGAGUGAGACCCUAGAACCUAAAUAUGUACUCUAUCCCAGACGCUUCAGGAUCUGGAUAUAAACUAACAUAGGAUUGCAGCCCUGAGGCCAUGGGGGCCCCUCUCUCCCCUGCUCUGCCUUUGCCCCUCCCAGCAGAAUUGCACUCAGUGGCCAAAGCCAGGCCCUAAGUAGCCCUGAGGGCCUGGUGGCACCGCAGUGGGGGAGGUGUGCUCUGUGCUGCUGGGAUUGGCUCCCCUGGCCCCACCCACACCGAGCCAGGGCAGGCGGGGCUGGGAGACUCAAUGCAGGGCAGAGCUCUGCAUGUUGGCUGGGGCCUUUAGGGGAGGAGGAAAUGAGUGACCCAAGCAUCCUCAAUCUGUGGUUUUUGCAGCUCAGAGGCAAGAGGGAGAAAGCAGCUACAGAAAACACUGGGAGAAAAGGGUAAGGAAGAGUCAGAUGGUGGGAGAGGAACAGACCUGAAGGGACUAGGAAUGACUCAGUUCUGAGAUUGGGAAUACAGACUAUCCUCAAACAGUGGGUACCUUUAGGACUUUUCAACUUGGCAAUAGUAUGAAAGUGAUGAGCAUUCAGUAGAAACUAUAUUUCAAAUUCUGUAUUUUGGUCUUUCCUCCGGCUGUCGAUAACCAUGAUACUGUCGUGAUGCUGGCAGCCUCAAUGAGCCGCAGCGCCUAGCCUCAUGCUCAAGAGGGUAAACCACCAACA